GAUUGGUAGAAUGGUGGAAGAAAAACAAGCCCUUUGAAAAGUAAUAAUGUGCUUUAUAUUAAGAUACCAUACUUACAAUGGUUCAAGAUAAUCAUUUUUCCACUAUAGCUGCAAAAGAAGUCAAGCCAUAUUAAACAAUUCAAGCAAAUUUUUUUCUUAACUUUCAACAAUGAUGUCACCUAUCCAUUAAUGCAUUUGUAACAAUCUCUCUCUCUCUCUCUCUCUUUCUUCUCCACAAACCUUCUUACUCAAAAGUGUCACUUACUUAGUUCUUUAAGAUCAACUGUUUUGCUUUUCUGUUGAUCAAUUUUAGUAAACUUCCAAUCAUCUAUAACUGAAGCAACUAGUUUUAUUACCAUUCCUUAACUCCCUCUAAGAAAAUACUGUUUAGGUUCUUGAAUCUUGCCACCUAAUCCAUUUUUGCUUGUUCACCACCCAGUCUUCUUAAUUCUCAUUACUUUGCUUGUACUGUAUGUGGGUCUUCUUUUUUUAUGGUCUCAUUGUCUAUUGUCCAUUUGUUUCUUUAAGCCAUACGCAAUGUUUUUGUUCAAAAUGAUGUUUCAUUUCCCCAUUACUUUCUUUCAAUUUUCUUCUUCUCAUUUUGAUGGGUGGGUGAGAUCUUGAAAGUUGAUUUCUCCUGCUUCCUUGGGGUGAAAUGGGGAUGCGGGUGGGUCUUUUGCUGGUGAUCUCUUGUAUAAAUGCUUGUGCUUUUUCGGUUCUUGGAUCUGCAGGCCCUGCCUCUGCUCUUAAACAAGCUCCUUCCAGCUUUGGCAGGAUCACACAUGGAAAGCUAGGCAUUUUACCACCAGACAAAGCAUUCCACACAUCCUCAUUUCUGGAUCAUCUUCCAACAGAGGCCCCUCAUACUAGGCCUUCAAGUAUUGCUCUUUCACCUUCUUCAUCGUCAUCUAGAAGUCCUGCAAAUAAGUGGAUGCAUGUUCAUUCAUAUUCACCUUCAAUCUCAACUCACCGAAAUCAUCACCACUCAAGAAAUCAUUACAGCAAUCCUAAACCAUCUUGUUCAAUUCCUCCGCUAAGUUACCACCAGAUAGCUCCUUCAGUCUCUCCGUUCCACUCUCCAUCUCGUUCAUCAGUAAGCUGGAAUUCUCUUGCACCAGCAUUAUCACCAACUAGCCCGAUGUACCAUUUUAAUAUGCACGUUAAUCCUCCUGCAACGUCUCCAAUGGGUUCUUACCUGAAGAAGAUGAAGGCUCCACAACCGUCACAAAUUUUGUCUCUUCCACCUCCACCUCCUAAUGGAGAUUGUGGAUCGUUAACAUGUAAGGAACCACUAACAUAUACACCUCCUGGGACCUUUUGUGGAUGUGUAUGGCCAAUUCAAGUUAAACUCCGCCUUGGUGUUGCAAUAUACUCAUUCUUUACUUUGGUCUCAGAGCUGGCUGAGGAAAUUGCAGCUAGUGUUUCACUGAACCACAGCCAGGUCCACAUCAUGGGAGCAAAUGCAGCUAGUCAACAACUAGAGAAAAGUACUGUUAUCAUCAACCUGGUACCAUCGGGCAUAAAGUUUGCCGAUAGUACUGCACUUUCAAUCUACAAGAAGUUUUGGAGCCGGCAGGUUCCAAUAAAAGCUUCCCUCUUUGGCACCUAUGAAGUAUUAUAUGUUCACUAUCCAGGUCUUCCACCAUCUCCACCUUCACCUUUGAGCAUCUCUACUAUAGAUAAUGAACCAUAUCCUGGCCGUGACAACAAUGGAAUAACAAAUAAACCUUUAGGAGUUGAUGUUCCAAAGAGGAAGAAAGAUGGCCUUAAUGGAAGCUUGAUAGCUGUAAUAGUUGUCUCCUCUUUCACUGCUUUGGUUAUAUGUAUUGCUAUCGCCUGGCUUUUGCUGUUGAAAAGAGGAAAUUGUGUUCAUCAACCUCAGCAAGUUUCGCAAGCCUCAGUUACCUCUCCUACAAAACCAUCAGCAGGUCCAACAACUUUUGGGAGCAUGCCUAGUUCUACAUCAAUGUCCUUCAGUUCUGGUGCCAUGACAUAUACAGGAUCUGCUAAGGUUUUCACCUUGAAUGACAUAGAUAAGGCUACCAAUAAGUUUGACUCUUCAAGGAUCCUUGGAGAAGGUGGCUUUGGGCUUGUCUACAGUGGCAGGUUAGAUGAUGGAAGGCAGGUGGCUGUGAAGGUUUUGAAGAGAGAUGAUCAGCAUAGUGGUCGUGAGUUCUUGGCAGAAGUUGAGAUGCUUGGCCGUCUACAUCACAGAAAUCUAGUUAAAUUGAUUGGAAUUUGCACAGAGGAGCAUACCCGCUGCCUAGUCUAUGAACUAAUACCAAAUGGAAGUGUUGAAUCUCAUUUACAUGGAGUGGACAAGGAAACUGAUCCACUAGAUUGGGAGUCCCGAAUGAAGAUUGCCCUUGGAGCAGCACGAGGCCUAGCCUAUCUGCAUGAAGACUCAAGUCCUCGGGUCAUACAUCGAGACUUCAAGUCCAGUAACAUCUUGCUAGAACAUGAUUUUACACCUAAGGUUUCAGAUUUUGGCUUGGCUCGAGCAGCAAUGGAUGAGGGAAACAAACACAUUUCGACACAUGUUAUGGGAACUUUCGGAUACUUGGCUCCAGAAUAUGCUAUGACUGGACAUCUUCUUGUGAAGAGUGAUGUUUACAGCUAUGGCGUAGUCCUUCUUGAGCUACUAAGUGGCCGAAAACCUGUAGACUUGUCCCAACCACCUGGUCAGGAAAAUCUUGUUGCAUAUGCUCGUCCACUCCUGACAAGCAAGGAAGGCUUAGAAACAAUUAUAGACCCAGCUAUAAAGUCUAGUGUCUCCUUUGAUACAAUAAUCAAGGUAGCAGCAAUUGCAUCGAUGUGUGUGCAACCUGAAGUGUCUCACCGUCCUUUUAUGGGUGAAGUAGUUCAGGCCUUGAAGCUUGUUUGUAAUGAGUUUGAUGAAACAAAAAUGCAGCAGUCAGGAAGUAACAACUAUGAGAAUCUUCUGAUUGAUAUAGAUAGCAAAACCAUAAGAAUUUCAGGUGAGAUAAUGGAAGUUUCACAAUCCCAUCACCAACUACCAUUAUCAGCAUCUGAUUUGUUUGAUACAUCAGUGGGACAUGAGGACCCAGAAGUUGGGUCUUUCAGGAGGCACUUCAGUUCAGGACCUUUAGGAACAGGAAGGAGAAAACAUUUCUGGCAAAGAUUAAGAAGUUUGCCCAGAGGCAGCAUGAGUGAGCACGGAUUUUCACUUAAAUUAUGGCCUGGAACCAGUUAAAUUUGCCAAAGAAGCGAAAAUUCAAUUAUAUAUGGAUUAAUUUAAGCUGCAAUUGCAAUCACCAGCUUUUCAUGAACUGCUCUAGAAGAUUUUGACAGAAGUUUGAAGAUGUGCAACCCCGCAAAGAAAUUGAACCUGGUGAGAUGCUGAUAGAUUUAAUAUGGAACCUCCAGCACAAUCAGUAGAUGACAUAAUUUUCUUGUAUAUCUUUUUUUUUUAAUGAGGUCUAGUUUUGAUCCAAGCAUUCCUCAUUUUUUCUCUAUUCAGUUCCUCCCGUAUUUGUUACAUUUUCGUUUGGUGUUAAGGAAUUCCUUUUGAGAAGCAAAAUGUCUUGUAUGAGUAAAUCCAUGAAAUUCCCAAACUUGAAAAUUGUAUGUGUUAAGACAUUAUUCUUCUAAAAAUUCCUUCAAAUUCUGUA